AUGUUACAACAGUGGAUUAUGAGACUACAAAAGGAUUUUGAAGAAAAUAAAGUGUUGCCAUUAGGAUGGGAUGGUAAACCAAUUCCAUACUGGCUUUAUAAAUUACACGGACUUGGUAUAGAAUAUCCAUGUGAGAUUUGUGGUAAUUGUGUCUAUAUGGGUAGAAAAGCAUUUGAUAGACAUUUUCAGGCAUGCACAUGGUAUGGAUGUUUGGGAAUACCUAAUACAAGGCAUUUUCAUGAAAUCACUUUAAUUGAAGAUGCUUAUGCAUUAUGGGAAAAGCUUAAAAGCAGAUAUCAUGGAAGAAUUUGA